AAUGAGAGUUCUCUUCUGUAUUGCAUUGCUUUUAGUUGUAAAAGGGGCAAUCAUAGUCACAUGCCCAAAAAAUGGAUAUGGUUGUGUUACAUAUGGAGCCAAUAUAGUUAUUUAAACAACCAGAACAAAUUCAUUGUGCAGAAAUGGUAUUCUAUAUUAUCAUCAAUAAAGGUUAUUAUUGGAACAAUCAAGCAUGUAUGCCAUGCAAAAAUGCUGACUAAGUAGUAGGUGGUUAUUACACUUGUAGUGCUUAUUAUGAAGGAACUUCAUUGACAUGUAUUUCAGGUUAUACAUUGAUAAAUGGGUAAUAUAAAAAAUGUAUAUAUUAAGUGUAUGUGUUCAAAUACCUCUUGGUUGUACAGCUUAUGGUUUAAAUCAGAAUUCAGAUGCUUAUGUUUGUACAGCAUGCACAUCUGAUUAUACACUUAAAGCAGGUGUAUGUAUCAAUAAUAGAUAUUGUUCAUCAUGGGAUGAUAAUGCAGUUUGUACAUCCUGUUAAACUGGAUACUUUUUAAAUUGGGAUUUGAAAUUUGCAACAAUAAGUGCUAAUUUAAACAAUCAAAGUGAUUGGAUUAAUACUUGGUAAACAUAUUAUAAAUUCCCUGGAGAAUCAUUUUGUAGUGUAUGUUCAUAAACAAUGGCUAAUUGUAAGUCUUGUAAUUCAGCGUAAUUAUAUAUAUCAAUAUAUUAUAGUUAUACUUGUUCAUAAUGUAAUGAUGGUUAUUAUUGGUAAUAAUCAAUCAGUAGUACUCAAUUAACAUCUUCAAAUGCAUAAUUUGCUGGUUCUUGUGUAAGUUGUCUUACAAGUGGAAAUUGUUCUACAUGUCAAGGUUCUUCUUGUACUUAAUGCAAAACUGGUUAUUAUCCUACUAAAGAUACAACUAACACUGUUAUAUUAUCUUGUAAUUUAUGUCCAAAUGGAUGUUCAACAUGUACUUCAUCAACCUUUUGUACUGAUUGUUAUGCUUCAUUCUAUAAAUAUACUGAUAACUUAUGUUAUCCUCUCAAUAAAUGUGCUUCAAUCAAUACAUAAUUAACAACUAUUCCAACAACACCAAAAUGUUCAUCUUGUAUAGCUGGAUAUGCUUUAGAUCCAAGUGGAACAGGAAUUUGUUAUUAAUGUGGAAAUUGUGAUAGUUGCACAAUCCCUUCUGGAUAAUAAACAGCUUCUUUAUAAACUUCAUGUACUACUUGUUGGGAUACGUAUAAAUUUAUCAAUAUAUAAUCUUAGAUAUUAUGGUAUUAAAGAUACAAAUGGAAUAGUUACUUGUAAACCAUGUACACAAGCUUCAGAUUCAUUCUUGAGAUGUUAAGGUCCAGUUGAAAAUUCAUCCCUUACUGGUGUUGUACCAACUUAAUGUUAAGAUGGAUACUAUUUAUAUACUCUACCUGCUUCAGGAACUACAUAAGCAUAAGUAGUUUGUGUACCAUCAAAUCAAACAUAACAAUGUGUCACCAUUGUAGCUACUAGUGCCACUCAAUAUACAUGUGCAACUUGUACUAUAUAAACUAAAUUGUAUACCAAUUCUUAAUGUUUGGCUUGUGAUGCAGGCUUAACUAAUACAUUACCUUAAGGUUGUACUGCUUGUACUGGAUCACCAACUAAUUCAAUAGCUUGUAGUGCUUGUGCAGUCAAUUAUUAUUUCUCAACUGGUACUACUACAACAUGUACUGCUUGUGAUGUCAAUUGUCUUUAAUGUGCAGCUGGUCCAACAUGUACUAAAUGUGCUAUAACAUAUUAUGUAUCUGGUGGGGGAUGUACAUAAUGUGGAGUUGCUAAUUGUGCUACUUGUAAUGCACAAACACCUAGUUCAUGUUAAGUGUGUUUAGAUGGAUAUUUCUUAUCUAGUAUUAAUACAGGUACAGCAACAACUUCAUAUUGUUUGAAAUGUCCUUUUGAAUGUGCAACAUGUUCUGCUCCAGGUUAAGUUUGUAAUUCUUGUAUAUCUGGAUAUGUACUUUAAAAUGGAGGUUGUGUUACUUUGAGUAGUGCAAAUUGUGCAGAAGGAUAUACUACAUCAACUUUGACUAAUUAAUAAUAUCCAACUACCUAAAAUGGUUGUGCUAUAUGCAAAUAUGGAUUUUACAAUUUUGAAAAAAGAUGUCUAUAAUCUGUUCAACCAUAUGCAGGAGUAUUAUAUUUUAAAUAUUAUUUUCUUAGGCUGUUUAUGUUCAAAAGAAUAUCGGUAUUGGUUCAAAUCCAGGAGUAUCUAAUUACGAGACCAUCAUUUAUUCAAUAUUCUUGGUCCUUAUGUUGCUUGGAUAUUGAU